AUGGAAGACGUGGGGCACAGUCGCUUGCUGAAAUUCUUCGUAAGUGGAACCACCAUGUCUGACAACGACCCAAUAGAAUCAAAAGUACCAGGGGAGCAGCCUCUCCGAGGAGACCCAAAUACAGUGGAGCAGUUACCAGAAGACCACUACGAACCAGUCAUAACAGUGACCAAACAAGAGACAUCGGUGACAAAGGGGGAUAUAAAAGCAGAGAAGAUGACCAUAACGGAAGACGUGUCGGAUGGAUUGAAGACUAAGGAAAUCGCGCAUGAAAUAUUACAUGUAAGGGAAGAAAGUGGGAUCGACCAAGUAACCCAAACCAAGAUGGUGGACACUCUCAGUGUUCAAGAUGGAAGUCAUGAUAUAGAUAAAGGCCAAAACGACGAUAAGAAGGUAAAAAGUAAAAUACCAAUGUUGAAAUUGAGAAAAGCCAUGCGUGAAAUAGCAGAAGAUAGAAGAAAAAUGGAGAUUGGUGACAAGGAAGUACCAAUACAGAAACGGAAGUCUUCUAUACCUAGACUCAAAGAGAAACCUUCGAACCUUGAGAUAACAAAGACGACCCAAAACGCGCCGUCUCACCAAGAACAGAGGAAGAAAUCGAAGUUUAAAGAAAUAAUACACGAUUAUGACGAAAACAAAGUAAAACCACUGGACGUGGAGAAGAUUAGGAGCAGAAUUCCAAUGCUUAAAAGAAAGAGCGAACACGACAUUGAACUGACAAAAUUAUCAAACCGUAGACUAUCACAUAAAAAACGGUCAUCCAUAGACAAUCCACAUAAAACAAACGCAGAUAUAAAAGCACUUAGGGAAAAGUUAAUCAACGGUAAAAGUUUAAAAGCACCAAUGAGAGUGUCAGGCUCUAAAAAGGAACAAGAGACACCUGCAAGUGAUGUGAAAAGCUUAGAACAACAAACAUCAUCCAGCGAAUCAAGCAGUGAUGAGUCUAAUAAGGUUUCGUUAGCAAUAUCUGAAAUUGACACGGUGAUUUCAAACGCCGAUAAAGAUGACAAUAAUGACGAUAACGUAGAAAAUGUUAAUGAUACUAACAAUAAUUAUACUAUAAAUAGCUUAGAAAUCAAACCUACACUGACAAAAAGCGCGUCCGUUACAAUACCACAAGACGAAAUUGAUCAAACAAAUCAUACAAGCAUACGACGCGCUGUAAGUCAUGAAAAUCAGGAAAAUAACGAUAAACUAACAUCAAAUUUAUUGGUUCAAAAGGUAUUGCAAGAACAAGAAAAAUCUCAUAAUUCUAGUGAUUGUGACAGUGUAUCUCCAAGUAAAGGUGAAGCUGAAGCCCUAGAAGAACCUGUUAGUGAAGAAAAAUUAAAUAGGCCUAUUAAACAUGACGUAUGUCAAGAAACGUCGACAUUGAUUCGUAAUAUUAAAAAUACCUUUGAACCAUUGUCAAAUACUGCAUUUGAUUCAGAACUCAAAGAGAAAACUGAUAGCGCAGAAGCAAUCUUAACUGAACCAACGAUUGCGGAACCAGAAGUUCUGGAGAUACAGACAAAUGAUUUAAUAGAAAACAAUACCGACGAUCCCAAAAAAAUGCUUAUUACUUCCGAAACAAUAAAUACAAAUGAAAAAGAAAACAAUAAAACAAAAGAGGUAAAAGAAAGUUCUGACAGUAGUAGUAGCAGUAACAAUUCUGAAGAUGAAAGCAAGUCACCAAAUAAGACCGUGGAAGAUGUAGUUGAAGAAAUAACGAAAAACGAUGAUAUACCUCAAAGUUAUGUACAUCAAAAUGAUAAUAACAAUGAUGAUCGCGAUAUUAAACCAGCUAUUAACUUUGACAGUCAUCCCACUGCAACUCCACCAAUUAAAUCAAACGACAAUAUAGAACCAGACUUUACUAGCAAUGAAACAAAUAAAAAGCAACCGAUUUUAGGACAUCCUAAAGCUCUAUUCAACCAACCUAUAACCAAUUUUACCCCAAUAACAUUAAAAAAUAAUGAACAAGAUAAUUUGAUCACUAACGGUGAUACACCCAAGGCCUAUACCCCAAAAGGAAAUGACAAAACUGAACCUUCUAACGUAGACACUAGAAGAAUUCUAAAUAAAAACAUCGAUCAAAGCAUAGAAGAUUUAAAAGAGAAGAGACUAAGAGAUAAAAGUAGAAUAAAUGAACUAUUGUCAGACGUAAACGAAGAUGAUAUAAUUAUACUUAAAGGAAAAGUCAAUAGAGUUAUCAGCAGAUUGGAUUCAAGAGAUUAUAGUGGACAGAAGAAGAAGGAAAUGAUAGAUGAAGUACCCAAGAAAUCUGUUCUAUCAAAGAUCGCAUUGUUUGAAGAAAAGGAAGCAAAAGUAAAGGACACACCGAGGCAAACUCUGCGAACGAACAGUCAAACCGCGAGAGAUCUACCGAAGAUAGUCGAUGAAGUUUUAAAGCCGCAAACGAAAAUAGACGCUAUUGUAGAUACAAAUAAAGAACUACCCAAAACAAAAGUAACCUGGGUCAAUACAGAUAAUAAAAAAGCCGAUACAGAUAAUAGAAAAAAGUUAUCUUCGUAUAAAAGUAGAGAUAACGUUUUUCUUGAUAAAUAUGAAGUAAGGAAGGACCCGCGCAAAAUUGAGAUCACCAGAGAACUCUCUUACGCAGAAAACGAUUUGGGUGACGCUGUUAGGGGCAGAGUUCGAGAAAUGGUGGUGAGAAUGGUUUCCCUCGAACGAAUGGAUCUGGAGAAGAAAGGUCUCAUUGAGAUAAAGGAGAAACCGAGGGGUGGUUCCGUUUCGGAGAAAAUCGCUCUAUUUGAGACUAAAGUAACAACAGUCAAGACAAGAACGGACAUCAAGAAGAAUCAAUCGAAAGAAAUGACGCAGGACAACAUGACAGAAGAGGAAUUAAAGGAAAGAAUACAGGAAUUAAAAGAGGCAAGGAAGUAUGGAAAAUUCACAGAUUUAAAAUAUAUUGAAUUGAACGAUGGGUGUAUGAUGCCAGCUCUAGGUGUUGGCACGGCCCUGCUCAACAAGAAUCUAACAAAGCAUAUAAUUAGUGCAGCCAUAGAUCUAGGCUAUCGAACCAUAGACACAGCUUACAUUUAUGGCAACGAGAAAGAAAUUGGUGAAGCGAUUAACGAGAAGAUUAACGACGGGACUGUUAAACGUGAGGAGCUCUUCAUAAUAUCCAAGUUAUGGAGCACCUUCCACAGACGAGACCUGGUGGAGAAGGCAUGCAAGAUGUCCCUGAAAGCCAUGGGCUUGGAUUACUUCGAUCUGUACCUGAUUCACAACCCUAUGUCGUUUAAGGAAGGAGACGACCCAGUACCAAAAAUCGCUAAUGUGAUACAAUACAGCGAAUCUGACUAUUUGGACGCCUGGAUCGGAGUGGAGCACGUCGUGAAGAAGGGCUGGGCACGAAGGGCUGGUGUGAGCAACUUCAACUCAGCGCAGCUGGAUAGAAUAAUCGACAAGGGGCGAAUCAAACCAGUCGUGAACCAAGUCGAAUGUCACCCAUACUUAACACAAUAUCGUUUGGACGAAUUCUGUCAAUCGAGGGACGUCAAACUGAGCUGUUAUGGGGUUUUGGGGUCAAAAGGUACCCCAUUGGAGUUGAAGAGUGGGAUCUCCCCAGUGAUUGAUGAUCCCAUGGUGCUUGCGAUGGCUGCUGGGUUGAACAUAACGCCGGCUCAACUUUUAAUAAGCUAUCAACUUCACUUAGACCACAGCGUAGUGGUGAAAGCUUCCAGCGGUAGUCGGUUGUGGAGUAAUUUGCAAGCGCAAAACGUUAAGCUGGACUCGACACAGAUGUCGGGCCUCAACGCGCUUAACAGGAACAAACGAAAUUUUACAUUUAAAGGAUUGGGCGAUACUCAUCGAAAUUAUCCAUUCAGAAUACCUUUUUAA